AUGCCUGUUGCAGAAGGCUUUGGAGUUGGGUACAUGUAUAUUGUAUUGGGGUUGCUGGGGCGGUUACAUGCGACCACAUGUUUACUGGACCCGUGUCCCUCCUGGUUAGUACUGGCUACUCGGGAGGUGACACGAGGCUGGCUCCAGGGAAUUAUAAAUGCUUCUUUGGUGGAAGGGGUUUUCCCCGCCGCCUUGAAAGAGGCGGUGGUGAGACCCCUCCUCAAGAAGCCUUCCCUGGAUCCAGCUAUUUUGGGGAAUUACCGUCCAGUCUCCAACCUUCGCUUUGUGGCGAAGGUUGUAGAGAGUGUGGUUGCAUGGCAGCUUCCCCAGUACCUGGAUGAAGCCGUCUAUCUAGACCCGUUCCAGUCCGGUUUCCGGCCCGGUCAUAGUACAGAGACAGCUUUGGUCGCGUUGGUGGAUGACCUCUGGAGGGCCAGGGAUAGGGGUUGUUCCUCUGCCCUGGUCCUAUUAGAUCUCUCAGCGGCUUUUGAUACCAUCGACCAUGGUAUCCUGCUGCACCGGUUGGAGGGGUUGGGAGUGGGAGGCACCGUUUAUCGGUGGUUCUCCUCCUAUCUCUCUGACCGGUCGCAGACGGUGUUGACAGGGGGGCAGAGAUCGACCGCGAGGCGCCUCACUUGUGGGGUGCCGCAGGGGUCGAUUCUCUCGCCUCUCCUGUUCAACAUCUAUAUGAAGCCGUUGGGUGAGGUCAUCAGUGGUUUGGGCGUCCUCCUGGAUGGGCGGCUGUCGUUUGAUGAUCAUUUGGCGGCCGUCUCCAGGAGGGCUUUUUACCAAGUACGCUUGGUCCGCCAGUUGCGCCCCUUCCUUGACCGGGAUGCCUUAUGCACGGUCACUCACGCUCUUGUCACUUCCCGUUUGGAUUAUUGCAAUGCUCUCUACAUGGGGCUGCCCUUGAAGUGCACCCGGAGGCUGCAGCUAGUCCAGAAUGCAGCUGCGCGGGUAAUAGUGGGAGCAACUCGUUGCUCCCAUGUAACACCAAUCCUGCGCGGCUUGCACUGGCUUCCUGUGGUCUUUCGGGUGCGCUUUAAGAUUUUGGUCACCACCUUCAAAGCGCUCCAUGGCUUAGGGCCCGGGUACUUACGGGACCGCCUGCUGUUACCGCAUGCCUCCCACCGACCCGUACGCUCUCACAGAGAGGGUCUUCUCAGGGUGCCGUCCGCCAAACAAUGUCGGCUGGCGGCCCCCAGGGGAAGGGCCUUCUCUGUGGGAGCUCCUACGCUCUGGAACGAACUUCCUCCUGGACUACGUCAAGUGCCUGAUCUUCGGACCUUUCGCCGUGAGCUGAAAACGCAUUUAUUUAUUCAAGCGGGA